ACAGUAGUACAACAUUAAUUAUGGGUUUACCUCUUUCUCUCUUCAUUUUCAUGCCCUUCCUUUUUGUGCUUUCGACGUUGCAUCUUGUAUUCACCCUUUCUUCUCCUUUCAUGCAACCCCUGUGCCAUCAUGAUGACAGCUCUGCCUUGUUGCAAUUCAAGAAAAACUUUAUCAUCAAAAAUUCUACAUCUGUUUUCUUUCUUCCUACUUGUGAUCAAAAGGUUGCGUCUUGGACAGUAGAAGGGGACAAAAGUGAUUGCUGCUCAUGGGAUGGGGUGGAGUGCGAUGAACACACUGGUCAUGUAAUUGGCCUCAACCUCAGUAGCAACUGUCUAUUUGGUUCUAUUAACUCCAACAGUAGCCUUUUUCGCCUUGUUCACCUCCAAAGCCUUAACCUUUCCUACAAUGACUUUAACGGCUCUCAUAUCCCAUCCCAGGUACGUGAUCUUUCAAGGCUAAUAGAUCUCGAUCUCCGUUUGUCUCGUUUUGUUGGUCAAAUCCCGUUAGAAAUUUCACAAUUGUCGCACUUGUCAUCUCUCGACUUGUCCUACAAUUAUAUGUACUCUUUUGGCCACUUGAUCACUUUGGAACUCAAAGAGCCCAUCCUCAGAAGCCUAGUUGCAAAUUUGACCAGCCUACAAAAGCUUGAUUUGAGUUAUGUGAACAUGAGCUCUACGGUGCCUAAUAGUUUGGCAAAUUUGUCUUCUUUAACGCACCUCGGUCUCAGAGGCUGUGGUUUGCAAGGAGAAUUUCCAAAAGGCAUCUUUAUGCUACCAAAUUUACAGCAUCUUGAUGUAAGUGGCAAUAAAGGCCUCACCGGUUAUUUACCUAGCUUUACAUGGAGUAGUCCGCUUGAGACAUUGGAUGUGGGAUUCACGAGUUUCUCAGGUGAGCUACCCGCUUCCACAGGAAACUUUAGCUUCCUGACUUACUUGAGUAUGUGGGGUUGCAAUUUUUCGCGGUCCAUUCCAUCUUCACUUGGUAACCUCACUAAACUCAAUGUUCUUGACCUUUCCGAUAACUAUUUUGUGGGUAAUAUUCCGCGUUCACUUGGAAACCUUGUUCAACUAUCUUCUUUAUACAUUUCUUACUGUCAAUUGACAGGUCCAGUCCCUUUAAUUCUUGGAAACCUUGUUCAACUAUUUUCUUUAGACAUUUCCAACAAUCAAUUAACAGGUCCAGUCCCUUUAAUUCUUGGAAACCUUGUUCAACUAUCUUCUUUAGACAUUUCCAACAAUCAAUUGACAGGUCCAGUCCCUUUAAUUCUUUGAAACCUUGUUCAACUAUCUUCUUUAGACAUUUCCCACAAUCAAUUGACAGGUCCAGUCCCUUUUGAGGUUUUAAACUUACCACAACUGUGGUCUGUUGAUCUUAGCUAUAAUCUUUUGCACGGUGAAAUGCAUCAUGAGCUUAUAAACGGGACACGAUUGGAGAUCCUUAAACUGAACAACAAUCGGUUAAGUGGCCCAAUACUUACUUUUGGGCCUACAACUCUACAAUAUCUGGAUCUUUCUAACAACUUUUUCACAAGCUUUGAUCAACAUCCAACUUUUCUUCCAUGGACUCAUCUAAAAGUUCUUGAUCUCAGAUCCAAUUCGCUCAAAGGAUCACUUCCUAUUCUGCCAAUCAAUACUUCACAUUUUUAUAUUUCAAACAACUCAUUGACCGGAAAUAUACCAGAAUUGUUUUGCAAUCUGAGUUCUCUUGAAGUCCUUGAUUUGGCUGGUAACAACUUAAGUGGUUCACUUCCUCGAUGCUUGGGCAACUUUGGUGAUUCUCUAGUAAUACUUGAUUUGCAAAGGAACAAUUUUGAAGGAAGCAUUCCAAAAAAUUGGAUAAAAGGAGGCCAAUUGAAGAUAAUCAAGUUUAGUCAAAACAAAUUUCAAGGGCAUUUACCGAGAUCGCUGGCCAAGUGUACGAUGCUAAAGGUCUUUGAUCUUAGUGAUAACCAAUUCAAUGGUACAUUUCCGUUUUGGUUGGGCCAUCUUCCAAAUUUAGAGGUCCUCAUUUUACGGUCUAAUAAAUUCUACGCUUCAAUGGAGACAGCUCAAACUUAUUUCAAGUUCCCCAGAAUGCGAAUCUUAGACAUCUCCUACAAUGAUUUUAUUGGAAUGCUGCCUCUAAGACUUCUUGAGAAUUGGAAGGCUCGACAAUUUGAGAAUGUGGAUCCGUUAACAUAUAUUGAUGAAAACCCAUACUUCAAAUUACAAACUAGUAAUGGGUAUUACCUAUAUGCUCGGUCUUAUACUUACUCCAUGAAUUUGACAAACAAAGGCAAGAAUAUGUUCUACGAGAAGGUCCUUGAAUUGUUCAUAGCCAUUGACUUCUCAAGCAACAAAUUUGUCGGUGAGAUUCCGAAAUUUAUUGAAAAUUUAAAGGGAAUUCAGUUGCUCAAUCUUUCUAAUAACUAUCUCACUGGUCACAUCCCACCAUCUUUAGGGAAUCUUAUAGAGUUGGAAGCGUUGGAUCUUUCUCAAAACAAGUUGUCAGGGGAUAUUCCACAACAGCUAACACAGCUUACUUUCUUAGGAUUCUUCAAUGUUUCUCAUAAUAAUCUCACGGGACCUAUACCACAAGGAAAACAAUUUGGUACAUUUGAGAACAAUUCAUUUGAAGGGAAUCCAGGGUUGUGUGGGAGACCAUUGACAAAGACAUGCAGUAAUUCUGAUGAGCCGACUUCUCACCCUACAAUCUUUGAAGAAAGUCAAAAUUCUGGAUCACCAUUCGAAUUUGGUUGGAAAAUAGUUGUCAUUGGAUAUGGAUUUGGAUUCAUUGUUGGAGUAAUAAUUGGGCCCAUUGUGAUCGCAAGAAAGCAUGAUUGGUUAAUGAAGACCUUCCGAAUAAGGCCACUAAGUAGGAAGAGACGCUGAAAUUAAAUAAAACAGCUUGAACAGGAUGCCUUCCCAAAGCAAUAU